CUCUACACGUGUUUAAGCCUUCUAAAUGUUGAGUCUGUCCAUGUUAUGAGGAGCUUGGAUGAAGCAAAGUGCCUGUCUGGUGGUAUGAAUGUCCCCAUGGACAGCAGUCAUGCUCGGUGAGGAGUUAUCGGAAGGGUUUAAUGGUGGUCCAGGUCCUGAGGUUUUGGUAAAGGCUGAUGCUGAGACCUCGAUAGAUCCUGUGCCAGAAGUCAUUCACAGUUGCACUUAUACCUCCUCUGUGUUCCUUGAACAUGGGGGCAACAGUCUGAAUGGGGAGGAGCCGUUCUGUCGUAUCUGUCAUGAUGGCAGCAGUGCGGGGGAUCUGUUAUCUCCCUGUGAGUGUGCGGGCUCUCUGGAGAUGGUGCAUCGUGUUUGUCUGGAGCACUGGCUCACAGCUUCCGGCACCAGCCACUGUGAGCUCUGCCACUUUGAGUUUUCUCUGGAGAGACUUCCUAAACCACUCAUAGAGUGGUUCACCACCCCUUCCAUGCAGCACCAGAGGCGAACGCUGUGCGGGGAUGCGAUCUGUUUCCUGUUCAUCACGCCUUUAGCGAGUCUGUCGGGCUGGCUGUGUGUACAGGGAGCCAUGGAUCUGUACUACAGCAACGGCAUUGAGGCCAUUGGACUCAUUGUUCUCACACUCACCUUGUUCACUAUUUACUUCUUCUGGACAGUUGUAUCCAUACGUUACCACAUUCACCUAUUCAGGACAUGGAGUGCAACAAAUCUCUGCGUCCGACUACAGAUUCCUUGCCCUGCGAGGACAUCCCAGAGGCCAAAAAAUGUAUUACUGCACUUUUUGUGCAAAAAUAAAAAAAAGGAGACAGUGGUGUAGUGCCUAUAACAGCAUCAGGAAGAAAGUGGCUUAACAGUAGUGAUUACGGAAAUAUCCUUAUUUGGUGUGACACCCUGAUUGUGGGUGGACGGUUCCAUUUUUAAAUAAUUGAAGAGUUUAAAUUAGGAGGAUUUUCUGUCUUGCAAAGUGAUGCCAUGAGUCGACGGUUUCAUAUUCAGUUGUACAUUUUUCAAUAAUGGAAGACUUCUGGGAAGCAAAUUUAGCAAAUGAAGCCAAUCAAGUGUUUUAGCUAGGUAAGUAUGGCAUUUAGACAAUCAUAAAGAUGCGGAUCAUUUCAUUAAUGUCUGCUUUAUCAAGGAACUUGAAAGAAAAAUGCUUUCUUUCUUGAAAAAAAGUGAACUUUUAACCAUGAUAAUUUUGUGUUGUGGCAGAAUCAAAAGGACAAAAAAAAUAUAGAAUCUUUACAAUCCUAUUAAAGUGAUAAU